AUGGCCGAGAGAGUUCGAAAUGAUACGACCGGCACAAAUCGAUCUACAAGUUCAACGGUCGAAAGCUUGGCUCGACGAUGGGCUGGAUUUUCAUUGCGAGGCGAGAACGAUUUUGGUGCUCAGAAGAAGACGAACUAUUCGCUAUUUUGCCUAACAAGCAAUAAUCCCAUUCGAAAAUAUUCAUCACGGCUUGUCAAUUCCAAGUAUCCUUUUCAAAC